GCCCCGGAUGCGACCGGGCAACGUCGCGGUUGCCAGGGCGACGGGAGCUUCUCGCAGCUGCUGGUACUCCGGAUUGGAAACGUAGAACCGUUACCUGUCGAGGGCCUUAGCAGCCGUCGUGACCCUCUAGGGAAUCCCACGAUGUUCUUCUACCUGACCAAGAAAAUUUCCAUUCCCAAUAACGUGAAGCUGAAGUGUGUAUCCUGGAACAAGGAACAAGGGUUCAUAGCAUGUGGUGGUGAAGAUGGAUUACUGAAAGUUUUGAAAUUAGAGACGCAGACAGGCCAGCUUCCGGUGUUUUGCUGGAGCCCAUCUCCCUUCACCUUCUCAGAUGAUGCAAAAUUGAGGGGCCUUGCAGCCCCCAGUAACCUUUCUAUGAAUCAGACUCUUGAAGGUCAUAGUGGUUCUGUUCAAGUUGUAACAUGGAAUGAGCAGUAUCAGAAGUUGACUACCAGUGAUGAAAACGGGCUUAUCAUUGUAUGGAUGUUAUAUAAAGGCUCUUGGUAUGAGGAGAUGAUCAACAAUCGAAAUAAAUCAGUUGUUCGCAGUAUGAGCUGGAAUGCUGACGGACAGAAGAUCUGCAUUGUAUAUGAAGAUGGGGCUGUGAUAGUUGGUUCAGUGGAUGGCAAUCGUAUUUGGGGAAAAGACCUGAAGGGUAUACAGCUAUCCCAUGUAACAUGGUCUGCGGACAGUAAAGUCUUACUUUUUGGAAUGGCAAAUGGGGAAAUACACAUUUAUGAUAAUCAAGGAAAUUUUAUAAUGAAAAUGAAACUGAGUUGUUUGGUGAAUGUCACUGGAGCUAUCAGCAUUGCUGGGAUUCAUUGGUACCAUGGCACAGAAGGCUAUGUGGAGCCUGAUUGCCCUUGCCUUGCUGUUUGCUUCGACAAUGGAAGAUGCCAAAUAAUGAGACAUGAGAAUGACCAAAAUCCCGUUUUGAUUGACACUGGCAUGUACGUAGUAGGCAUCCAGUGGAACCACAUGGGCAGUGUGUUAGCUGUGGCGGGCUUCCAGAAGGCGGCCGCGCAGGACAAAGAUGUGAACAUUGUGCAGUUUUACACUCCGUUUGGUGAGCAUCUGGGUACUUUGAAAGUUCCUGGGAAGGAAAUAUCUGCACUAUCUUGGGAAGGAGGUGGACUGAAAAUUGCACUAGCUGUUGAUUCCUUUAUAUAUUUUGCAAACAUUCGACCUAAUUAUAAGUGGAGUUAUUGCUCAAAUACUGUGGUUUAUGCGUAUACCAGACCUGAUCGUCCAGAGCACUGUGUUGUCUUCUGGGAUACAAAAAACAAUGAAAAACAUGUUAAAUAUGUGAAGGGUCUCAUUUCUAUUACUACCUGUGGCGAUUUCUGCAUUUUGGCUACAAAAGCUGAUGAAAAUCAUCCUCAGGAGGAGAACGAGAUGGAGACAUUUGGUGCAACGUUUGUGCUAGUUCUUUGUAAUUCUAUUGGUACUCCCUUGGAUCCCAAAUACAUUGAUAUUGUACCACUGUUUGUUGCAAUGACAAAAACCCAUGUGAUAGCAGCCUCGAAAGAAGCAUUUUAUACCUGGCAAUAUCGUGUGGCAAAGAAGCUCACAGCAUUGGAAAUUAAUCAGAUCACACGGUCUCGAAAAGAAGGGAGAGAAAGAAUUUAUCAUGUUGAUGAUACCCCUUCUGGAUCAAUGGAUGGUGUGCUUGAUUAUAGUAAAGCCAUUCAAGGCACAAGGGAUCCAAUUUGUGCCAUAACUGCAUCAGAUAAGAUAUUGAUUGUGGGUCGUGAAUCUGGCACCAUUCAGAGAUACAGUCUACCUAAUGUUGGUUUGAUUCAAAAAUAUUCCCUUAAUUGUCGAGGCUACCAGUUAUCCUUGAAUUGCAACUCUAGCCGUCUUGCUAUCAUAGAUAUCUCAGGAGUUCUGACUUUCUUUGACUUGGAUGCUCGAGUAACGGACAGUACAGGACAGCAAGUAGUUGGAGAGUUGUUAAAAUUGGAGCGAAGAGAUGUCUGGGAUAUGAAGUGGGCCAAAGAUAAUCCUGAUUUGUUUGCAAUGAUGGAGAAGACAAGAAUGUAUGUUUUCAGAAACUUGGAUCCUGAGGAACCCAUUCAGACCUCUGGAUAUAUUUGUAAUUUUGAGGAUUUAGAAAUUAAAUCUGUUCUUUUGGAUGAGAUAUUAAAGGAUCCAGAACAUCCAAACAAGGAUUACCUAAUUAACUUUGAGAUUCGGUCUCUGCGAGAUAGCCGAGCACUGAUUGAGAAGGUUGGAAUUAAAGAUGCAUCUCAGUUCAUAGAGGACAAUCCACACCCCCGACUUUGGCGCCUACUGGCUGAAGCAGCUCUUCAGAAACUGGAUCUAUACACUGCAGAGCAAGCAUUUGUGCGCUGCAAAGAUUACCAAGGCAUUAAGUUUGUGAAGCGCUUGGGCAAACUACUGAGUGAGUCAAUGAAACAGGCUGAAGUUGUUGGCUACUUUGGCAGGUUUGAAGAGGCUGAAAGAACGUAUCUUGAGAUGGACAGAAGGGAUCUUGCUAUUGGCCUUCGGCUGAAAUUAGGGGAUUGGUUUAGAGUACUCCAGCUCCUGAAAACUGGAUCUGGUGAUGCAGAUGACAGUCUCAUGGAACAAGCCAACAAUGCCAUUGGAGACUACUUUGCUGAUCGACAAAAGUGGUUGAAUGCUGUACAAUAUUAUGUACAAGGGCGGAACCAGGAACGCUUAGCUGAAUGUUACUAUAUGUUAGAGGAUUAUGAGGGAUUAGAGAACCUUGCCGUUUCACUUCCAGAAAACCACAAGUUACUUCCAGAAAUAGCACAAAUGUUUGUCAGAGUUGGGAUGUGUGAACAAGCAGUGACUGCAUUUUUGAAAUGUAAUCAACCAAAGGCAGCGGUAGAUACCUGCGUACAUCUCAACCAAUGGAACAAAGCUGUUGAAUUGGCUCAAAAUCAUAGUAUGAAAGAAAUUGGAUCUCUAUUAGCUAGGUAUGCAUCUCAUUUACUGGAAAAGAAUAAAACUCUUGAUGCCAUAGAACUCUAUCGGAAAGCCAAUUACUUUUUUGAUGCUGCUAAACUGAUGUUUAAGAUUGCAGAUGAAGAGGCAAAGAAAGGAAGUAAACCUUUACGUGUCAAGAAGCUCUAUGUACUGUCAGCCUUACUUAUAGAGCAAUAUCAUGAACAGAUGAAGAAUGCCCAGCGAGGAAAAGUGAAAGGAAAAAGUUCAGAGGCCACUUCUGCCUUGGCUGGUUUGCUGGAAGAGGAAGUUCUGUCUACAACAGAUCGUUUCACAGAUAAUGCAUGGAGAGGGGCAGAGGCUUACCACUUCUUUAUACUUGCACAGAGGCAGCUCUAUGAGGGAUAUGUGGACACUGCACUGAAGACAGCUCUUCAUCUGAAAGACUAUGAAGACAUCAUCCCUCCUGUGGAGAUCUACUCUCUGCUAGCACUCUGCGCAUGUGCCAGCAGAGCCUUUGGGACGUGUUCAAAAGCUUUCAUUAAACUUAAAUCUUUAGAGACCCUCAGUUCAGAACAGAAACAGCAGUAUGAAGACCUCGCUUUAGAAAUAUUCACCAAACAUACUUCAAAAGAUAACAGAAAACCUGAAUUGGACAGCCUUAUGGAAGGUGGAGAAGGGAAACUGCCAACAUGCGUUGCCACAGGAAGCCCGAUCACUGAGUAUCAAUUCUGGAUGUGCAGUGUAUGCAAGCAUGGUGUCCUUGCCCAGGAAAUAAGCCACUACAGCUUCUGCCCCUUAUGCCAUAGUCCAGUGGCUUAAAGGAAUGAUAAACUGUAUGUAACUGUAAAAUAUAGGUAACAUAUAUACAUGGCUAUAUGCUGUAUGUGUAAUAAGGUUUAUUUCUAUGAGUUUUGUAUGAAAAUAAACCUCAUUAUAGUUGAAUUUUUGCACAAAAUACAUGUUAAUAAAAUUUUUUAAAGCAAUACAACUGUGAAAUAAUAAGGCUGAUUUUCAUAUAAAUGUAUGAAAAUCAACCAUAUUUUCUGUCUGCCUCUCUCUUUUGUCUAUCUUGUAUUUGGUUACAUGAUACCAUGGGAAUAUUCCAAAUAAAUAUUUUUCUCACAGUGUCAAGGUAACUGAAUUCGUUAAAAAAUCUUGAAGGGAGUGGGGAGCAGGGGAGGCAUGGGAGUGGGGCAAAGUUGAAUUUAGAGAAUUUUUAUAACCCAUGUUACAAGUUAAACAAUUGUAAUAGCGAAAUGAGCUUUCUCUGUAGCCACAGUUAAUUAAAUAAGCGUUGACUGUCUUCUUUAUUAUAUAUUCAGAAGUGAGGCGAUGGCAUUUUAAGACAUUUUUUUACAAUCUAAAUUGUUUCUAAUAGCCCUAUUCCUCUAUUUUAAAACCUGUCCUUUUAGUUUCAUUCAAGAGAUGGCAUUUGGAAUUUACACUUUCAUAUGAUUGUGCAGAAAACUUGGCUCUAUUUAUAAUGAAAAUAACAAAAAUAUCCAUUUUGUAGUUGUAGCUUCUAUUGAAACAUUGUCACUAAGCUGGACCCUUCAUUUACACAAGUAUUGUUGAGGGAGUGAUUCUUUCUUGAUAUGCAUCUGUUUUCAUGGAUUAAUUUAGAAGAUAAACAGUUGUGAUCUGUAAUGGACCAUUUCUUAUGUCUUUUAUAUAGCAAAUAAUGUUCUCUGUUUAUUUCUCAUGAAUUCCCAUUUUGUGGCUAAAGACAGAACUUUGCACUAUUUCAUCAAGAUUAUUUUAUUGAGGUUUGGCUUACCUUUAGUAGAUAUCCCGGCCCGCGGGAUCGUCACUGCAGGCCCUGGAAGAGGGGGUGGGAAUUUGGGGAACAAGAGAUACGAGAAAUGGAGACAAGACAGUGCUCUGAUCAAGUCCCUCUUAAUGGCGGUAAUGCAGUGCCUUAUAUACAUUUGGAGGGGAAGGGGUUGGGCCAAGGCGAAAAUGAUCUCAUCGUGGAGGGUGUGGCCAGGUAGGUAUUGGUAGCAUGGUCGAACGUCAUGUGGCGCCUGCGCUGUCAGGUAGCAAUUUUCGCGGGCGCGGGAAAAAUGGGUGAAGAAGAAGCAGGAAGAGCGCCAUCUUUUAUGAGGUAUUAAUACAGGGGAAAAGGCAAAGAUAGGGAGGAGGUGUAAGGUGGAAAUGAAUAAAGCUCAGGCGUUUUUAAUCGUCAAUUAUUAUUCGCUAUGGCCGGGGCGUGCAGCUCCGGACAAGUAGAGGCAAUACAUAGAGAUACGCAACUUUGUUAUUGCAGCUACAAUACACUUUCUCAAUCUGAUGUUUUUGUCUUGUAGAGACCAAGGCAAGUUCAGCAUGUUGCAGAUUGGGAAUAGUGAGCUAUGAGAAGAGAUUUAGAGCCUAGAUGAGCUUAGGAUAGAUUGUGGGCUCAUAGGCCCAAAUAAAAAGAGGAGACCAGAAGUCUUUGAGGUCUCUGUCUCUAUUCAUGUACCUUGUGGAAAAUUACCUUUGUACAAUGGUAGCCUCUAAAUACAUUACCUAGCAAGCUAUCCCAGAGGUCAAGGAACAGAAAGCCUUACAAACCAAAUAAAAAUUCUCAAAAUACAUUGGUUUAUUAAACCAAUUUGCAAUACACAGUGAGGAACAAGGAGAAAGCAAUGAUAGAUUAACACUGUUAGUGUAGCGUGCCAGUGAGGUGGAAAGACCACAACACCUGAAUCACAGGUUAUGUAAUGUUUUUAUGUCCUGACUCACACUCUGUCACAUAAGCUUUCCCCUAAUAGUGGGGUUACAAGGAGGACCAGAGUGGCCGUUUGAGCCAGACAACUCAAUCAGAUGAAAUGUGCCUGAGGCCAACGACGUACACUUGUUCUCUAGAAGGGUCUCAGGGGCCAGUACACUUUUACCACAGUAAUAGCUUGCCUAUUAGUCUGCUGAGCAGCCAUGAAUUUUAUUGUAUUUCUUGGGUAAGGACAGGCCAGAAUGAGUGUCACCAGUGGGUAAUUGAAUCAACUUCUCACACAUAUUGAGGGCUUUAUAUGUCUCAUGCAUACUUAGUGUGUCAUGAAUAUUUGAUAUCUUUGUGGCUUUUCAUAUUUUUAAUGCUUCAUGAAUAUUUGAUAUCUCUUUCUCUUUUCUAUCUGUGGUCACACAUACAUGCUCUAUUAACUUUUGUCUAAUAUGUCUCCUAAGUUACUAACUUACUUAUCUAAAUUUAACACAAUGAAUUCCAGCUUUCUCAUUUGUUUUCUUCUAUACCAGAAUGGAAAAUUUCCCCAAAUCAGAAAAUCACAUUCUAACAAAGAAGUCUAAGACAAUACAUCUCCUGUUGAACUUACAUCUUUCCACAGGACUUCUAUUUUUAGGGAUGAGACUAUUCUCUACUUCAUCAAGGAAAGAGAAAUGUUCAGGGUUGUAGGGAUGGCACACUUACUAGCUUUGCCUGUCUGAAAGGUUCCUGCAGGACAGUUUGGUCAGAGCUACAAUUCUUGGUCCAUGGUUGAAUGCUUGAGUAUUUCUUCCUUCCCUUUCCUAUCUCAGGAAUCAGCUGAGAAUUCAUUUGAUUGUCAUGCCUCUGGCCCCUUACUGUGAUUUGUUGGUUACACUUUCAUUUGCUUUAAUUCUAGGAUCACCUGUUGACUCCUCAGACUUCACCUAACUUUGGAAACUCUCUUUUGGAGCCUUCUCAUUUCCCCCUAAUUCUGUGCUGCCUGAGCCCUAGAUUUUUCCCACCAAUGAAUUACUCCAGGUAGAUUCUGAGUUGCUGGAUCUAGUUGAUAUUUAAACAAUAUGUAGUUGAUAUUUCUAAUUCAGUUGGAUCCAGAAACCAGUAUCUUUUAAAACAACCUCUCAUACCUUGUGGACCUAAUUAUCAUAUAUGUAUAUGUGUGUGUAUGUGCGCGUAUGUAUAUAGACAGACACAUCUUUUUUACUUUUGUAAAAGCUUAUGCCUCUUUGGUAUCUAUAUCUGUUAAAGUUUUAAUGAUCUGCCAUAAUGUCUUGGGGACCUUUGUCUUGUAUGUAAAUAGUACUAGAGAAAAAACCUAUAUUAUGAAUUGAUCUAGUUGGUUUUAUUCGACAUGAAGGCAAUUUCAAGAUAACAACACUAACAAACUCUCCCUUGACUAGGGGGACAAAGAAAAGCAAAAUUGACCAUAAAAAACAAUUACCUGGUGAGAAGUUGCAUAAACAGAAUUAGGUAGUAUACUGAAGACAGCAUCAUUAAACAGUUAUGUUGUUCUCCUUGCAAAAAACAUGUACUGACUCCCUUUGAGUAAUGCCAAGUUGUUUUUUUAUUAUAAAACUUGCCCUUAAUUACAUGUUUCAAAGUGGUGUGGUGGGCCAAAGUAUUGAAAUGAUGGAACUGACUGAUGAAGCUGUACAAAUAAGCAGUGUGCCUAACAAGCAACACAGUAAUGUUGACAUGCUUAAUUCACAAAUGCUAAUUUCAUUAUAAGUUAUUUUGCUAAAGUACACUUUGAAAUUAUUUUUCUGUAUUCCAAGAGCUGAGAUCUUAGAUUUUAUGUAGUAUUAAGUGAAAAAAUGCGAAAAUAAUAAACAUUGAAGAAAAAA